AUGGGUAGCAACACCAGCAGCCCCGCGCCGCUCAGCAGCAGCGGCACGGGUGGACGCGGCGGCUUCCUGGGGUCAUUCCUGUCAGGAGGCCGCCUCGACUUCACGUUGAGCAACAUGCGGGCGCUGCACGCACAGCUCACGCGCUUCGCCUCGCUUCCCGACGCUGAGAUCGUGGAACUAUUGCGCGUCCUGUCCGAGUUCCUCAUCUACUCGGACCAACAUCGCGUAUCUGUUGAGCUGGAGGAUCAGGUCGCUUUGGACGAGGCUCCAGACGACGCUGGCACCUUCUUUGACUACUUUGGAGAGACAAAUAUGCUAGCUUUACUGGUAGAACUGGGCGCCAGCCAGCCGUCUGUACCCGUACAGGUUCAACUACUGCAGACAAUGAGCAUCCUGGUGCAGAAUAUCACAACACGCACAUCGCUGUAUUACAUCUUAAGUAAUAACUACGUGAAUCGACUUCUGGAGUGUGCUUUUACAGUGGAUGGAGACGACGACGUGCGAGACUGGUACGUGACGCUGCUUAAGGCCUUGUCGCUGAGGCUCAACGAGGAAACGGUGCAGUUCUUUCUGGACACACAGCCUGAAGGGGAAGAGUUUCGCUUCCCACUAUACGCGCGUGCGCUGCAGUUCGGACGGUGCAAUGAGACGAUGGUCAAAGUUGCGGUCAAGACGUUGACACUCAAUGUACUCCGAGUCUCGGACGCAAGAGUGCGGAGAUUCGUGCUGCAAUAUGAUGAUCUAAAUUACUUUCGAGACAUCGUGGAGGUCGCCAACGACUUGACCCUGAAGCUACAGGGCUUACUGAAUACUUGGCCGUCUGCGGAGGACGUAGCGGAGCGGACUGCGACAACGGAGAAAUUGGAAGAAGCGGUAGAAGCCUAUAUUGACCACUGCUUUUAUAUACAAGACCUGCUGGAUGUGAACGUGCCUGAGCUCUGCUAUAAAAUCGGAGACUUGUUGUUUUCGAGGCAUAUUAAGUGGUUGUUGGCGUCGAGUGUACUGCCUGACUGCGGGCCCCCGCCACAACGAGUAUCGACGCAGCUUGCGUUGUAUUUACUCACUAGACUUUUGGGUAUUCUGGAGCACACACCUCUCGUGAACGCGGUUGUAUUUAUGUUGUUGAGCUCGGAUGCGACGGAGACUUGCGAGUAUUCGACAGUCGCACUAGGAGCUGGGUCGAGGCGGCGGCUGAGCAGCUUGCACUACUUGGAAACUGUGGAUAGUAACGAGGAUGACGAAGGGAGCACAGCUACAACAGAAAACUCUUCACGACCGCUGUCUCCACAACCUUCUCUGCGAUGGGACAAGGAGGCGCCUCCGAUGCAUGUGUUUCGUCCGCACUCAGCUACCACGUGUGAAUCAUCGUUGUGUUACGUUCAAACACGCUUUGCCAUGGGCGAGUGGCCCGUGGAAGAGGUGAAGGCGUUUGUGACGCACAAGACAAACUGUUAUCGUCAGUCAUUACUGUCAUUGCUUUGCUCCAGCGAUGAGCGGCUCUCGUCGACAGUGGUUAUUCUUCUACUUGCUAUUGUCAACAACAAGGCUGUGGAUCAUUCCCUUUUACGGGAGCUGGAUCUAGUACCCUUCAGAUUUCGUACUGGGAAGCCUACUCUCUGUAGUAGUAGGCACGAUGAGAGUGGAGAUAGUACUAUGUUGGGUAACUCUGCUUUACCAGCUACUGAAUCUCUAUCGUCUUCAUGCGAUUCUUCUAGCUCACAAGGAAAGGACGAAGACACAACAGAAAUGAGUGUCGCUACCGAUGAAAUGCCGAGUAAAACUGGACGAAUGAACGGUUCAUGCCGCAUAGGUGCAUACCCGUACUGGCUAGUUGAGUUGGUUUUGGAGGUUCUUGCGCGGAACCAAAGCUCGCGCUUGCUUAGUGUGCAGCUAUGUGUACGAUUGCUGAUGGAUAUCCUGGUCGACACGCGUGUACAGUCUCAUCGCUGUCUCACUCGGCCUCAGUCUGCUGCAUUAAAGAAGAUUCACUCGAGCAGUGCACACCUCGUCAUGGAGAGUAUGCGUGGCGCUAUGGCUGAAGUGGAUUUGUUCAUUUACGUAUUGGAAAAGGAAGUGGCGCAAUUUCAGCGUAAGCCGUUCCCCAUGGAGUUGCAGUUGGAUUCAUCUUCUCCCUUCGAGUGUCUUAUUCCACUUGAAAGGGCAGAGUCCUUACAUGCUCCGGCGUGGGCUGGUUCGCGGGACACGUUGGCCUUGCGUCGUCCUUCGAAUGAAAUCGAAGUUUGUCGAAAAGCUAUGCGAGUGUUUCUAAGUUUGCGGAAACUGCGCGAGCUUUUGGAUUACAGUUUCGUGAGUGACGGAUUGGAGCAGCUUGUUGCCAACCGCCAUCCACGUACCAGUGUGCUGGCAAGUGCUGCAGGCGGCAAAGGCACUUGCACAGCUCCACUGGACGGCAUGGUCUCGUUAAGGUGUACAUUUCGCGAGCAACGCUUUUCGUUAAUGCCCACGAGACUGCUGAUGGUGAUGAAUCCGGAAGCUUUUGUGCUCGUGGAAAGGAUCCCUGAUCAAAGCGAUGACGGCAGUCCAAAAAACCACGGUGAAGGAGAAGGCAUUGUAAAGGUGUUUGCACCGAUACACCGCACGUAUUGUACGAUGGACCCACGAGACGAUCGUGUGUUGCGAGUGUCCGUGCGCUCUGCGACCCCUGUGCCUGGUUGCCGCAGUGGGCGGAAAGACAGUCAGGAAGCACACACACCUGGUAGACUGAAGGACUGGAGUGUCUUGCUGAUGUUUUCCACCGCAGAAGACUGCGCACAAGCACAAGCCCACAUCAAUGUCAGUGGCACAGAAGUGCGCGCGUUCAAGCUGCAUCAGAUAGAGGAGAGUCUGACGGCGCAUCUGCAAGUAACUCAGUCUAGCAACGGUAAGAGGCGUCGGUCGCUUUUCACAAACGCCCAGGUACACGUUGAUAAAGACAAAGCUGAUGCUGAAAACAGUGAAGAGGAAGGUGAUGGGAGCGAAGACGACGAUGAAGGCAUGAAGAAGGAAGAUGAGAAAGCAGGGGGAGGUCAGUCCUCUGAUUGA